AUGCCGGCCGAGGAGCUGCAGGCGGCACAGGAGGAUGACGCCGCAAAGGAGGACGCGGAGGCGGCGGCGGCAGAGGAGGAGGGGGUCGAGCUUGAAGAAGGUAGGGAGGCAGAAGUGUGCAGCGAUGACGAGUGCUGGCGCCCCGGCCGCUAUGACGGGGAGGAGUGUGAAGAAUGGGUCGCAGGGAUGAUUCAGACCUGGGGAAGUGAGGUCGACGAGGAGAGGGAGUGGGGGAAGUACCCGCUCUCACCCUCUGUCCUUCCCCCUCUGUGCCCCUCCCCCUCUUAUCCUCCCCCUCCGUCCUUCCCCUUUUGUCUCCCCCCCUCUGCCCUUCACCAUCUGUCACUCCACCUGUGUCCUUCCCCCUCUGUCUCUCCCCCUUUGCCCUCCCCCCUCUGUCUCUCCCCCCCUGUCCCCCCCCCUGUACCUCCCCCCUCUGUCUCUCCCCAUCUGUCCUCCCCCCUCUCCCCCUUGUACUUCCCCUUCUGUCCUUCCCCUUCUUUCCUCCCCUCUGUCCCUCCCCCUCUAUCCCUCCCCCUCGUUCCCUCCCCUCUGUCCCUCCCCCUCUGUCCCUGCCCCUCUGUCCCUCCCCCACUAUCCCUCCCCUCUCGUCCCUGCACUUUCGUCCCUACCCCUCCUUCACUCCCCCUCUUUCCCUUCCCCUCUGUCCCUCCCACUUUGUCUCUCGCCCUCUGA